GUUUGUGUGCCACGUUUUAAAUACGCACGCCGGACUUCCCCAGCCUUGACAGGAGCGCGGGACGGCGCAGCACAGAGUGGAAACGACCACCCUCUAGUGCCGACGAGCCGGUCUUCCGUCUAGAUCCGCGAAACUCACUUGGGCUUCUCACCUCAAGAACGCGUUUCGCGCGCCCGAGACCGUGAGCGUCGCGGAAGCUCUCGUGCCAGGACCGUCCGCGUGCGCGAGACUGAUUCGACCGGUUUAAGCGCGUAAUACACGCCGGGCUUGUGUCGACUGCACACAGUGCGAAGAAGUGAAGCGCGCGUUAACGCGCAGAGAAGGGGGAAGCCCGUUAACGGACACUGGCGACUGGAGAGCACACUUAGUCUAGUUCGUUAUUUCAAGUGUUGACAGCCCGACAGCAUUAGGGAUAACUUGUCUCGCAGUCUCUGUUCUAUUUAUGGGGUAAAUUCUGUAAGUUUUUCAAGUGCCGCUCGUAGUUGUGCGUAAUGGGCUGGCGUUUCUGUCGCUCUAUAUCCGCGUUUUCGCGGUGCGGGGAACGAGGCGGCUGACUGGCAAAAUCCUUUACAAUAGUUCAAAUAAUUUUGUUACUGGAUAUUUUAUCUCGGCAUCGUUUCUGUAAUAACUGGCACCGACUUGCGUGCGCAACUGGAUACAAAAAUGACUUUUCAAAGGUUUUUUUUAAUGUUUGCUUUACCGGGAUUGGUUUUGACGGACCCCGGCCAUUCAAACCAAGUGGUUCUAUUGGACACUACAGCUGUGCUGGGAGAACUGAGCUGGAAGACCUACCCGAUAAAUGGGUGGGACGCCAUCACGGAGAUGGAUGAGCAUAACCGUCCCAUCCACACCUUCCAGGUGUGCCACGUAAUGGAACCCAACCAGAACAACUGGCUUCGUACAAACUGGAUUCCCCGUCAGGCUGCGCAGAAGAUCUACGUGGAGCUUCGCUUCACCCUGCGGGACUGCAACAGCAUCCCCUGGGUCUCUGGCACCUGUAAGGAGACUUUUAACCUCCUCUACUUUGAGACAGAUGAGCCGCAUGGUGCCAACGCUCAUUUCCAUCCCAACGACUACGCCAAAAUCGAUACCAUUGCCGCCGACGAGAGCUUCACACAGACUGACCUGGGCGACCGUGUUCUGAGGCUGAAUACCGAAGUGAGAGAAGUGGGCCCAAUAGCUCGUAAGGGUUUCUACUUGGCCUUUCAGGACGUGGGUGCCUGUAUCGCCCUGGUGUCUGUGAGAGUUUAUUACAAAAAGUGCCCGUCAACCCUGAGAAACCUUGCAGCGUUCCCCGAUACUGUACCGCGGGUGGAUUCGUCUUCACUGGUGGAGGUCAGGGGGGCGUGUGUUGAGAACGCUGAGGAACGGGACACACCCAGGCUGUACUGUGGAGCUGAUGGUGAUUGGCUGGUGCCACUGGGCCGUUGUGUCUGCAGCAUAGGCUACGAGGAGAGCGACGGUCUCUGUAUCGCCUGCCGGCCCGGCUUCUAUAAGGCCUCUUCGGGGAACGUCAAGUGCUCCAAGUGUCCUCCGCACAGCUACACACACCAGGAGGGAGCCGUACACUGCAGCUGCGAGAAAAACUACUUCCGUGCAGAGGAGGACCCCGUCUCCAUGGCCUGCUCACGGCCUCCAUCUGCCCCACGGAAUGUGAUCUCUGCCAUUAAUGAGACGUCAGUGAUUCUGGACUGGACCUGGCCGGCUGACAGCGGAGGGAGGAAGGACGUGAUAUUUAACGUGGUCUGUAAGCGUUGUUGGCCGGGUCCCAGGCAGUGUGAACCCUGUCGAGGGGCCGUGCGCUUCCUGCCCCGUGCCACCGGCCUCACUAACACCACAGUGACUGUGGUGGACCUCCUGGCGCACACUAACUACACCUUUGAGAUCGAAGCCCAAAAUGGAGUGUCCUCCCUGGCCCCCACGAUCCGACAGUAUGCUGCGGUCACCAUCACCACCAACCAAGCAGCUCCCUCUGCAGUUCCUACUGUCCACCUGAUGGGGUCCUCAGCCAACACCAUGAGUCUUUCCUGGCUUCCCCCUGAAAAACCAAAUGGCAUCAUCUUGGAUUACGAGAUUAAAUACCAUGAGAAGGACCAGGGAGAAGCUAUUGCCCACACCAUGACAGCCCAGCGUAGCUCGGCACGCAUUGAGGGUUUGAAGCCAGGCACGCCGUAUGUUGUGCAGGUUCGAGCCCGAACGGUGGCAGGGUAUGGCCGUUACAGCAACCCUACUGACUUUAGCACCAACCACCAGGCCGAUGCAGACAAGACUCUACAGGAGCAGUUACCUCUCAUUGUGGGUUCUCUGACAGCAGGGCUGGUCUUCAUCAUUGUUGUUGUAGUCAUUGCCAUCGUCUGCCUCAGGAAGCAACGCAAUGGCUCAGAAUCAGAGUACACAGAAAAACUGCAACAAUACAAAUCCCCUAUAGUCACUCCGGGGAUGAAGGUCUACAUUGACCCAUUCACCUACGAGGACCCGAAUGAGGCCAUCCGCGAGUUUGCCAAAGAGAUUGACGUUUCCUGUGUGAAAAUCGAGGAAGUCAUUGGCGCAGGAGAGUUUGGAGAGGUGUGCCGAGGUCGUCUGAAACUGCCUGGACGACGUGAAAUCAUUGUGGCCAUCAAGACUCUAAAGGCAGGCUACACAGAGCGGCAAAGAAGAGACUUCCUGAGUGAGGCCAGCAUCAUGGGCCAGUUCGAUCAUCCUAAUAUUAUCCGCCUGGAAGGGGUGGUGACGAAGAGCCGUCCAGUCAUGAUUGUUACUGAAUUCAUGGAGAACGGAGCAUUGGAUUCCUUUCUCCGGCUAAAUGAUGGACAGUUCACAGUCAUCCAGCUCGUUGGUAUGUUGAGAGGCAUUGCAGCUGGCAUGAAAUAUCUGUCUGACAUGAACUACGUGCACCGUGAUUUGGCUGCUCGUAACAUUCUGGUCAACAGCAACUUGGUGUGUAAGGUGUCCGAUUUUGGCCUUUCUCGUUUCUUGGAGGAUGAUCCCACUGAUCCAACCUACACCAGCUCAUUGGGAGGGAAAAUUCCUAUUCGCUGGACAGCACCAGAGGCUAUUGCUUAUAGGAAGUUCACUUCAGCUAGUGACGUCUGGAGCUAUGGCAUUGUGAUGUGGGAGGUGAUGUCGUAUGGCGAGCGCCCAUACUGGGACAUGAGCAACCAAGAUGUGAUCAACGCAGUCGAGCAGGAUUACCGACUGCCCCCUCCUAUGGACUGCCCUACUGCCUUGCAUCAACUCAUGUUAGACUGCUGGGUGAAGGAAAGAAACUUGAGACCCAAGUUCUCCCAGAUCGUCAAUACUUUGGACAAACUUAUUCGCAAUGCCGCCAGCCUUAAGGUGGUCACCAGCACACAUUCUGGGGCCUCCCAGCCGCUCCUCGACCGCUGUGUGCCUGACUACACCACCUUCACCACUGUGGGCGACUGGCUGGAUGCCAUCAAGAUGAGCCGCUACAGAGACAACUUCCUUAAUGCUGGCUUCGCCUCUUUUGACUUGGUGGCCCAGAUGACUGCAGAAGACCUGUUACGGAUAGGUGUAACACUAGCCGGCCACCAAAAGAAGAUUCUCGGCAGCAUUCAAGACAUGAGACUGCAAAUGAACCAAACGCUGCCCGUCCAGGUCUGAGAUGGGGGGCGGAACUGUUCUAAAGCGAACUAACAGACGACCCCAGAUCAUCUCCACUAAUCAGAUGAAACUGGCUCGCAGUGCCUCGGACAACUUUUUCUUUUCCAUUUUCCUGUUUUCCUGUAACGACUGCAUUAUUUUACACCCGACAGGAUUAGAUAAGAUUAUUUUGUACUUAUUUUUAAGAACGGAGAGGAAAGCCUAUAUCCCAUGCAUGCCUCACGAGGCUCCAGUGUGGGGUUGGCGAUUGCAUGCGUGCGUGUGGUAUUUUCUUUCGCGAGGCUGGCUGGGAAGCCUCCCAUAAUGCAUUUCUCCCUGAAACUGGCUCUGAGAGAUGGACUCUCCCGGAUGGACGUUGCUUAUGGAAGAGAUACUCCUCUAAUAGUACACGUAACUUGAAUAUAAAAAGACAAAAAAAACAAAACAAAAACUAGACGUGAAUAUAAAUUCACAAAGCGUGCGGACAUGAUUGCGCAGAAAUCCCUCCAGUGCUAGCAGAUGUUCUAUUGUGCGUGUGAUUUUGUGCUUAUUCCCCAUCUUCAUAUUGAAGGUGUUUUAUUUAAGGGCACAUGCCUCAAACGGACAGGAGGGAGAGGCACAGCCGAGGGCGAAAGAUCACGGAUGUCGCAGGACCGGAUUUGAGGAAGUUGCAUUUGUCCACCAGGUUUAAACUGACAAAAGGACUUCUUAGAAUAUACCUGGUGAACUCAGGAUGCUUUCAUAGUUUCAAAUAAUGGAUUCUCAGCUGUGCUUUCACAAUUUCAAUUGAUGUUUUCGUUUAUUCUCUUCUGUUGUUUUCCCUCAACCUGUUUAGUUUCCUUUCCACGAUGAGUUGACAUUUAGCUGGUCAUCAGUCAUUAUAUCAGGAUUCUUUAGCAGUUAGAAAAGAGAAGGACUGUGAUAACCUGUACUACACUGCAAGAAAUCUUUUUUUUUUUUAAAUCAGUAAAUUUGUCUCACAACGAAUAUCACAACAUUGUUAAAACAAGAUCAAUCUGAGAAGUAGCGCAUCAUAUUAAUACUUGAUUUUUUUU